CUCCAAUCAACAAAUAAUUCGGCACGACUCGAUUCGAAUCACUUCUAAAAGGUUGCUUGUAUUCACUGCGACUCUACAUCAUCCUGGCAUCAUCUUUUGGUCGCCUCAAAAGUACGUUUAACAACUCGCUGCAUCUCCCAGACCUGACUCAGCACCGACUUACUACUACCUAUCCUCCCUAUCACCGAGCUACCUAUUAGUAUCUAUCAUGCAUCAUGCGAGUUAGCCUUAAACCAACCGUUUUCUAAUCGCAUCCGAUAUAGGUUCAAGGAAUACUACCGCCGACAAACGCCGCACUCGAACUCAGAAUUUCUUCUUUUACCUACACACUCCCAUAAACAAAGCUCGGGACCCAUCCCCUCGACCGAUAGCAUCAACCCAUGUUGUAUUAGACGAGGGCUACACAUUUCCAAUCGCCCCCUCGUUAACAACCGAGUCUUAAUGAGCUGUCAUGGCCAGCCCUUCGGGUGCUUCAGGCCAGUUCGCCUCGGAGGCUGCCAGAGACUACAGUGCUAUUGUGUCGAGUAGUUCUCCGAGCUCACAUUCGUUGUAUAGCGAUGAUGGCCAACGCGAAAUCGACCAGAACGAUCCAAACUCAUAUCAGCACCAAGAUAACGCACGAGAUUCAAUAUGCCCUUGGCGGAAUCCUCGUUUCCAUCACCAAGAAUGCUCGCGAUACUUCGACUGUCCAUCCCACACCAUCGAGCGGAGUCUAUCGGAGAGUGGUUCAGGAGACCAAGAAUCCACCCACAGCUCGCAUCACUCUCGUACUGAUAUCGAGCGAGAUCAGUCUGGAGCACAAACCAUUCGCUUCUCAAACCAGGAGCUUGCACAGGUUGGGAUCACCAGGGAUAAUGCCCCAACCCCAGACUCGGACCAUGCGAACGUCGACAGAGAUGCUGCCUAUAUCACGAGCGACCCUCCAUCAAACCAAGCUACUUUGCCCCCCAUGGUUACCCAGGGAUCUGGCCAAUCUUCGACAGGCACACCAUAUAAUACGCGGUUCGAUCAACCUGAUCCUCAGAGUGUUGUCACUAGCAACCCGGAUCAGAGAGCGAGGUCCAGCCAACGCAUGAUCGCGCCAAACUCACAAGUGGCUCAACGAGCGCACACAACUCCAUCCAGAGAAAGAAUGGAUGCACCAUUACCAUCUCUAAGACCUUUGGAAGAGGCACUUCCACCGCUUCCGCGCUCUGCUCGCCAGUCGAUAUCUUCAGAUCAGCAACGCCCAAGAUGGCAGCCGGAUAAUGAGGUCACAUAUUGCCCUAUCUGCCACACGCAGUUUAGUUUCUUCAUCCGCAAACAUCACUGCAGGAAAUGUGGAAGAGUUGUUUGCAACGCCUGUUCACCGCACAGGAUCAUCAUCCCUCACCAAUAUAUUGUACGGCAACCUGGCUCCGAGGCAGCGAUCCAUCAAUCACUGCUUGUUGACGGACUAGGAGCUGGCUAUUUUGAUGUGAACGACAUGUCGGGAGGUGAACGGGUACGGCUUUGCAAUCCUUGCGUACCAGAUCCGAAUACAGCGCCCCCGCAAAGCCCGAGUCCACAAGCAACUCUUUCACCACGAACUUCUCACCAGAGGUCACGAAGCAGUAUCGGUAAUGCCUAUGGAACACCGCGACCGUCUAACCGACAUGGUGCAGUUUUCGCGCCCGGCACCGGUGGCGAUCCGUACAGAUAUCUCUCUCUCAGGACGAGGAGUGUCACAAUGGGCUCGGUAUCCUCUGGCUCUUCUCCUGCUCCUACCUAUAGAAGACGUAGUGGAGCGAUACAGUCGCGAUUUGAUCGAGUCCAAGCAAGUGGCCAGGCUACUUCGGCAUCUUCAUAUCCAGAUCGCUAUAGCUCACUAGGAGAAUCAUCGACGAGGCAGCGGGCACUUCCGCCUACGCCACAGAUUGCCGAGGAGGAUGAAUGUCCUGUUUGUCAUCGCGAGCUGCCGUCCCAGAGCUUGCCGAACGCUGAGGAACUUCGUCAGUCACAUAUCACGAAGUGUAUCCAGACUCACAGCGCGUAUGGAACGUUAGGCGCUAGUGAGGAUGGCGGAGCACCAGCUGUACCCCGGUUAACGGGCAUGUAUUGUUAUUCCGCGACGGAGAAGGAUUGCAUCGAUGAUGCCGAGUGCACGAUUUGUCUCGAAGAAUUCACUGUCGGUGAUCAAAUGGCACGUUUGGAGUGCUUGUGCAGAUUUCAUAAGCACUGCAUCUCGUCUUGGUUCCGUAAACACCCCGGAAGAUGCCCAGUUCACCAGCAUGGCUUGGGUUAUUAAGAGGAAAGGCGUUUAUUGCAUACGAGAAUGGCGUAACGGAUAUGGGACUGGCCACUUUUCAGCAUAUUCUUGUGUCUUAGAUUUGGUUGAGCACUGACUACUGUGCCUUUGUUCAUUGAAGCGUUUGAACUUGAAUAUGGGAUAUGUAGUUGUGCGAGAAGUAUUUGGAUGUUUAAAUAUGAUGUGAUGAAGAAUAGAGAAAUACUCAUAAAACUCACUC